CGUCCAGGAAUGGCAUCCGACCCGAACGCCUCCGUCUCCAGCCGAAGCCCCCCGGCCAACCAGUUCGCGCAGCCGGCGUGGCGAGUGGCGCUGUGGGCCCUGGCUUACAGCGCCGUCCUCGGGGUGGCCCUGCUGGGCAACGCGGUGGUCGUGUGGAUCAUCUUGGCGCACAAGCGGAUGAGGAGCGUCACCAACUAUUUCCUGCUCAACUUGGCGUUUUGCGACGCUUCCACGGCCGCCUUCAACACGCUCGUCAACUUCAUCUACGCGGCCCACGGAGAGUGGUACUUCGGGGCGGUCUACUGCAGCUUCCACAACUUGUUCCCGGUCACGGCGGUGUUCGCCAGCAUUUACACCAUGACCGCGAUUGCUAUUGACAGGUACAUGGCCAUCAUCCAUCCUCUAAAGCCUCGUCUGUCAGCCAAAGCCACUCUGGCCGUGAUCGUGACCAUCUGGAGUCUGGCCCUAGUCCUGGCCUUCCCCCUGGGCUACUUCUCCACCGUUCGAGCUCUGCCCCGCAGGACCCUGUGCUACGUAGCCUGGCCCCGCAUGGCAGAGGACCCCUUCACGUAUCACAUCAUCGUGACGGUCCUGGUCUACGUGGUGCCUUUAAUGGUGAUGGCCAUCACUUAUUCCGUCGUCGGUGUGACCCUGUGGGGUGGGGAGAUCCCCGGAGACACGUCUGAUAACUAUCAGGGACAGCUGCGGGCCAAAAGGAAGAUCGUGAAGAUGAUGAUGGUUGUGGUGGUGACCUUUGCCCUCUGCUGGCUGCCCUACCAUGUGUACUUCAUGGUGACGGGCCUCAACAAGCAUCUGAGCAAGUGGAAGUCCAUCCAGCAGGUCUACCUAGCGGUGUUGUGGCUAGCAAUGAGCUCCACUAUGUACAACCCCAUCAUCUACUGCUGCCUCAAUAGCAGGUUCCGGGCUGGCUUCAAGCGCGUUUUCCGCUGGUGUCCGUUCGUCCGGGUGUCCAGCUACGACGAGCUGGAGCUUCAGAACAGACGGCGCCGCCCCGGUCGCCAGGGCAGCGUGUGCACGCUCUCGCACGUCGACACCAGCAUCCUCAGCAAGGACAAGAGUGUGCGCUCGCAAGGAAAUCAACGUAGGUCCGAGUGCAAACCCCAGCCUGGUAAUAAAUGUGCUUAGCGUUACUGUACUCGCUCAGUGGUUCUCAAACUUUUCGGGUGCAGGUGAGAAAGGUUACCCAAUACCCACCUCGCGUUCUGAACAACAAUAAAACACAACUACCUUGUGCAGGCCAUAAAACACAACUACCUUGUAAAUGCCAUAGGAAUUAAAAAGUUGCUUAUUUUUGAGAGAAACAGUUACUUUACAGUUUAAAAAAAAUAAUAUAUAUAUAUAUAUAUAUAUAUAUCCUUUUUAGAGGGGCUAAAAAAAUCUAUGUUAUGAGAAUAAAGUGAAAAGUUGUAAUUGUUACAGGAAAACAUUUUAUUUUAUUGGCGGAUUAUCGAUUUUUGCAGUAUGAAUUAAACUGCACGUUGUAAAUGAGUUCACUGUGCAGUAUGUGGAGAUGGCGUCUUUAUGACGAUCGGCGUUCCAGUGCACACUGACAAGUGGUCGCUGCGCAAUGGUUUGUGCGUCCUUUUCGCACGUAUGUCCCGACGAGCUACGCAACCUACUAGUUCCACUCUGUCCGUCGCAAUCAUCUGCAUCUCUCUGUAAUACUGUUUUUUGUUGUAAAGUCAACUUUAAUUUAACAUGAGUUGUAAUAAAUGUUGUUUUCCUGGUUCUCUUUGCAGUGGAGUAAAGAAUUAACAAAAAAAUAAUA